ACCGUGUAUGAAUCGCGCGCGCGUCUCUUUUCGGCGGUUAUUACCGUUUUGCUCUUUCGUCUAUUUAUUUACAUUUUUUGUCUCUACCAAUAAUUAACAUUUCCCCCGCCGACGGACGUUCCGAAUUUUUAGCGAUUCCCGGACGGGCCGUGCGUGUGCGUGCGCGGGCGCCCCCCUCGCGCGGCGUGUGCGUCGUAGGUAAAUACGCGUGGGAAAAAAUUCGGGCACCCUCCCCGCCCCGCUGCCGUGGGAUUUUUCUUCCGAUCGGUCGCCGCCGCGCCGCGCCGCACCAGCACCGCCACCGCAUACCGUCGCGCGGCGUAUGUGCGUAGUCGGCCGCCGUUCACAUCAGUACCGCAGUACACGCACACGCACACGCACUCGACCCACUCGAUGACCGCCGCCUGCUGCCGCCGCAGACACCUCCACCACCAAAACCACCGCCACUGCCCGCACUUCCAUCGCCGCCAGAUACGGCACUACCGAUAUCCCCUCCACCCCCCACCGGAGUCCAUCGUGCCGACAACAACAACAACGACGACGACGCGGCGGCGGUACGUCAUGUCCAGGCCGCACCGGCGCCCGUCUGCCGUGAGGGUUCGCGCGCAGUUUUUACGUCGGCCCGCGGCCGCCAUGUGAGCGAAAUAUUUUCCUCCACGCACGCACACGCACACGCACACACACGCGCACACAUUGUUGUCGCCGCCGCCGCCGCGCCGUCGUCGUCGUCGUCGUCGUUUUUCGGUCGUCGCAUUUCGUAUCGCCGGUGCACACGACCACCGCCGCGCCGCCGAUAUCGUCGUUCGCCGUUCGCUGUCGACGGGGCCGCUGUAGACCCGAGAUGAACAUAAGUCAAUAAUGGGCGGAAUGGAUAACGACCAAUUAUAUUCCGUGCGCUGGAAUGAAUUCCACACAAGUAUUAUAACAUCAUUCAGACAUUUACUCGAUCAAGAAGACUUUAUAGAUGUUACUAUCGCUUGUGAUGGUCAUUCAUUUACUGCACAUAAAGUUGUGCUCUCUGCAUGUAGUCCUUACUUCAGAUCUCUGCUCAAGGCAAAUCCAUGCCAACAUCCGAUUGUAAUCCUUCGUGAUGUUAAGAAACAAGAAAUGGAAGCAUUAUUAAGUUUCAUGUACAAUGGAGAAGUUCGGAUUAAUCAAGAACAUUUACCAGAGUUUUUAAAGACUGCUCGUAGCUUGCAAGUACGAGGUCUCGUUGAUUUUACUAAAGAAAACCAACCGUCCUCGUGGGGAAGUUCAAGCGUAGUUCCAGUUGAUGUUGUUGGAAAAAAUAAAGCCAGUGAUAAUUUACCUAGCCCACCAUAUAAAAGACAACGCAAUAACUCUGAACAGUUGACUACUCAACCGUUGACUCCUAGUAGUAGUUAUAAUGCUGACAGAGAUAAAGAUACACCAUCACUGCUCGUUCAAGCAUUGGAAUUGAAUCAAUCGCAGUCAAGUCAAAACAAAAAUACAGUAGACUCGUCAGUCACUGGUCAUUCGUCUGACGAAGAAGAUAGCAAUUCUGGAGAUUCAGAUGGCAGUCAUACAGUUAAUGAUACACGUUCAAAUGUAAAUCAACAAAACAAUGACAUAGUUAUUCAACCUCAAAUAUCUCAGGCCCAACAUUCAAAACUAGAACCUGUAGAUUUUUUAUCAAGUAGUGGUAAUAAUCAUGACCUACACAAUACAUCAAUCUCGAUUGAGCAACAGUCCAGGCACUCUUUUCCUACAUCAAUUUCAUCUGGUGUUUCAAUCAUAAGUAGCUUACAAGGAUUACCAGGUCUAUUACCAGGUCCAUCAGGCAUCCACAACAAUAGCCAAGAAAACAGCUACGGGGAUGGCGGUGGACCUACGAUGGGAUGUUACUUGAACGCCACCGAACCGAAGCCAGUGUGCACAGAAUGCGGCCGGGUGUAUAGCAGCGUGAGCAACUUGAAGCAGCACGUAGCCAACGUCCACUCAGCCACUCCGCACUGGGAACCCUGCCCGGUGUGCGGUAAACACUUUAAGACCAGACAGUAUCUGUUCAAUCACCUGUUGCAAACCCACGGUAUCCGGCAGCGGGGCAGCAGGAUGCACAUGCACUUGCCCUCGGGUGGCGGUGGUGUCGGGGGUGGAGGCGGUCACCAUCACCACCAUAACCAUCACCACCACCACCAUCCUUCUCACCCAUCGACGAUCGCGUCGUCGUCGUCACCACUGCAGGCCCACAGCCCGUCGGCCACAAUUUCCUCGUGUUUUCCCAACGCCUCCGUGGUAAAACCGCUCAUGUCGCACCACGCCGACAUCAAGCCCCUGUCGCAUGCGUCCGUCGCCGCGGCCGCCGCAGCAGCAGCCGCCGCAGCCGCAGCCGCCGCCGCCGCCGAUCAUAACGAACAGCGGCAGCAGCAGCAGCAGCAGCAGCAGCAACAGCAGCAACAACAGCAUCCCCCAAACACUUUCGUACCACCCUUACCGUCGUCCUCGUCGGCGUCCGUGUUGAACCGACUCAACAACCCCGAUCUAUCUUCCCAGUUCUACAUGUUAUCCAAGUCGGCCGUUACCAGAUAAUAUUAUAGUCCCCCGUUUCGUAUAUUAAUUCUGUUAAAGUAAUAAUAAUAAUAGUUUAGUUAAGAUUAACCCGGCUACACUGUGUAGGUGUACACCUCGACGAUGGGACUUAAAACCAUGGUUUCCGAUGGUAUAUAAUAUUACGCGUAAUACAUUAUUACCUAUUAUAUUAUUACGUGUAUACUGCUACGCAUCAUGUACACUGCGCGUAUGUCGGACGACGACGAGGUCAUUGUUUAUGACUUUUGUUUUUCUAUUUUACUCGAGGUUUACUUUUAUAGUAUCAUUUUAAUUUUUUUUUCCAAACCGCCUUUUGUAUUGGGUUAGGUAUAUACUGUGUGUCUUAUCCGGUUUGCACUCGGGUCUGACGUUCUAUAAACUGUGGUUUGUACCGCAUAGUAGGUACAUACGUAAUAUAUUAUAUCAUAAUGUUUGACAUUGUUUUCUACUCUCGUAUUUGCAGGCAAAACUCGCAAACGUGGAAGGGGUGUUAUGACGUCAACUCAUCCGAUUUUAGCAAUAAUUAUUAUCUAAAACUUUUUUUUUCAUAAACGACUAAAUACGUGCCAAUUUUGACAAUUUUAUAAAUUAAAAAUAUAUUUUUAAUUAUGCUGACGUUUGGAAAUAUCAUAUACUUAAUACUUAGUUGUAGCAUAUUAUAUUAAGCUACAUACCAUCAUAUUUUGCUCAUCUUAUUUUUGAACAUGUUCGCUAAAAAUUACGAAAUCAAAAAAUACGAAUCACACACGAUUAUAAUAAUAAUUGGUAUUCACGAUAAACCGCGAUCAAUAAUAUUAUAAUACCAAUAAAUUAUAAAUCUAAGCAUUAAGCAUUUUUUACAAAAGAAAAUAUGAUUAAUAUUCUUUACGAUUCGCGCCGUGUUCGUCAUUAGUCAUUACUUUGUCGUGUAUACAAAUGUGCUUAUUACACAAAAUAUUAAAAUAAAAAAUCAUAACUGAAUUCUCUUUAUUUAUCCUUAUAACCAAAUAAACAUAAUAAUAAUUAAUACAAAUAAAAAGUUUUUUUUUAAUCUAUCAAUUGUAUUUUAGUAUAUAGUCUGUUAUUAAUGGAACAGUUGAACUCUGGCUACUUCUUUUUCAUUCAAAUAAAUUGAUUCUUUAUGCAGACUACGUCUGAACAUAAUAAAUAAUAAGUCCUUUAGAUUAUUAAAAUACUUUUGAAAAUAUAACUAAUAAUUAGAAAAUAUACUAGAUAAUAGAUAUAACGACACAUUAAACAUUAUGCGAUACAUAAUUGAGUGAUAUAGUCAUAUAUUCGUAUAAUCAUAGUGAUAUUUGUUAAAAUAUUUAUGACCGAAAAUAUGAGUCCUACAUUUAGAAAUUAUAUAAAUAUUUUGUUGAUAUUUACUAGGUAUUGUUCUCUAUGAAACAAUCGUUUUUAUCGACAGAUGAAGAAUAAAAUGAUUUUCGUUAAAUUUUAAAUUUAAACAUAUAUAUUUAUAUUUUUACAAUUCAUAUAUAAUAUAAUAUAAUAUAGUAAGGAUUAUUUGUAUUUUAUUACUAUGUAAAUACGACUGCGUAAAUAAUGUAUAUUUUAUAUUAUAUCGUCAUUUAUCCUUAAUUUGGUCCUCUGAUUCUAGUCUUUAGUACUGUGGAAAUAAUUAUUAGAUAUUAGUCGUAUAAAUAUUUUAAUUGAUUAUAUUAUUCAAACUGUCUUCAGACAAUGAAGUGCAGCUAUAUAUAAUGCAUUAUCAUGUUUUAUUACAUAUCUUACAUUUAUUUACGUUAAAAAAAUUACCUAAAAAUUUACUCUAAUGUUUUAAUUAUAUUUUAUUGGUUAUUUUAUUUUUAGUUUAUAAAAUAGUUGCUUAUGUUUUUGUUACGUGACGUAAAGUAUUUUGGUAGGUAGUUGAACCAUUGCAAUUCCUAAUUCAUUAAUGAAUUUAUUGUACAAUUUAUAUUAAAUAAACGAAAUACCAUUUUCAUAUUUAAAUACAUAAUAUAUUAAUAUUAUUAAUUUAUAGACAUUUUUUCAAAACAAGUAUGAAUAAAUUGUGAUAAUAGUGUUUUAAAUUUACACUACUUAAUCAAAAAAAUUGCAAAUAGAUUACAAUAACUAAAUACCAAACUUACUUUACAUUGUCUACUCUAUUUAUCAAUUAUUUUUAUUUUUGUUACGUUUUAUUUAUAAUUUUUCAAAUGUUUAAUUUAGAAUAUGUUUUUUUUAGUUUAUUGGUCAUUUUAUUUUUUAAUAAAAAAGAGUAGUAAUAAUAACUAUACCAUUCAUAUAACGUUUUUAUAAAGUAUAAUAAUUGUAUAAUAAUAAGUAAAAUGCAUUAUUUAGUCAAUAAGAUGCCAAUGUCAUAAUAUUGUUUUCAUCUAUUAUGUUAGUCAGGCAUUUCAAAACUCUAAAAUGUAAUCAAAAUUUAUAAAAUCAAAAUGUCAAAAAAUCGUUCUAUUUAUUUGUAGUUUAACAACUGAAACACAAAUUAAGGGCCGUUCUUACAAUGUCCGGUAAAGUGUCGGUUAACGCUAACCGACUGAUAACAGAUUUUAUUACCGGCAGAAUUCGGCCGGUUAAGUGUCGAUUAACUUUAACCGGACAUUGUAAGAACGGCCCUAAGGAAUUAAAUUAUAAAUUUGGUAUCGAUAACGAGCUAUGUUCGAACUUAUUUUAAUGUAUUGUUUAUAAAUUUGGUUAGCACUCUGCAUAUUUUGACUGUUGAAAAUAUAAAUGUUUUCAUCAUCAAAAAUUUCAAUUUUAUAUAAAUACAUGCUAUUAUGUAACAUGGAAUAUUUUAUUUAUCUAAUGUUUAAUUUGGUUUUACUAAUAUGAUAAAUUAAUUAAUUGGUACCAAUAGCAACAUAACCGGUUAAGGUCAGAUUUUAAUUAUAUUGGUCAUUUUCGGGUGCUAUCUUUGUAUAAAAAUUUAAUAUAAAUUUUUUUUUAAAACAAAGCAAUACAAUUUGUUUUUUUUUAAUGUAUGUGAAAUGGUUUGUUACUUUUGAAAUUAAACUUAGUGAUCGAUCUCAAUUAUGUGAUACCUAUUACAUGUUUGUUACUAAACACUAUAAACAAAAAAUUCUGGUAUUGUUCCUUUCGACCAACUGGAAACUUAUUUGGCAUAUUAAAUGUACCUAUUAUUUUUAUUAAGUAAUAUUUUCGUUGUAAAUAAAAGAUUUUUCUGGGAAUACCUAUGUUUUUUUUAGUUUUAAAAUAAUCAAACACGUUUAAUUUCCCCAUUUUUGGUUGUCAAAAUUGUUUUCAAUUUGGGAUGUACUAAUAUUAAACUAGAUAGAUCCCUGUAUUUCAAUUUUACACUUUUGAUAUACUAAAUUAAUUUUAAUCAUCAUCUGAAAGUCGUUGUAGUAUAAUCACAUUUAAAAACUUUAUUAUUAUGGUUUCACUCGUUGCUGGUUCUUUUUUUUUUACUUCAUUAAACACUCGAAUACCACGUAAUCCUUUCCUCAGUUUAAACUAAAUAGUUUAACAUGUCUUUGAAAUAAUAAUUUAAAAUAUGUUAUUGACAAUCAUUAAAAUAUUCUGUUUAUUUUGGUUUAAACGUAUCUGUUUCAAUGUACUCCAUACUUUUUCAACAGAUAAUAAUAUAAUUUUAUAAACCUCCUCAUAUACCCCUUUAAAUUUGAUAUAGUUUUUUUAAAGAUGACAUUUUACCAUUAAUUUUAACUUCCUGAAUUGAUUACAUGAAAUAAUAAAUUAUUAUAAUAAGUCAAGUAAUACAAUUUUACCUAUAACAAUAUUUACACCAAACUCUUCAUAAUAUUAUUAUGCUUACACCGAAUUUCCGAUUUGUGUCUGUUUUUUAAAAUUUUGUUAUGUUUUAUUUCUAUUCAAUAGAAGACUGAUCGAUACUAACAGAAUAUUGUUUGUAUACAUUAUCAAUUAACAGCAAACCGUAUAUUGUGCGUGUCAUCAAAAAAUAUAUAAAUACGAUAAAACGAUAUAAACUGUUUUUAUUUGGUAAUCGCUAACUAAUAUAAUUCUCCACAUAAUAUAUAUAUAACCCAACAUUAAGAAAAUAACAAAAACUGUCCGAGUUACAUCAUUCAAUAUUUUCAUUGCACAUCUAUCAGGGUUUUUGUUUAUUGUACGAAACAAUCUAUUUACUUUAUCUGUGUAUAAGCGUAUAAGGCGGUUAAAACCAUUUUGUUUAGAGUCAUAGUUUUAUUUAUAUUUUGUUUUUCAUCUUGCAGCUGCGACCGUCCAUUUUGUAGUAAUGAAAUGACAUUUUAAAUCUGCAUAAUUGUUUUUGUAAGAAACGUCUACAAAAUUAAAAAUCCAUUUCCUAUAAGAUUUGUAGAAAUUAGGCUUACGAAUUUCAAACAUUUUUGAAAAUUUUAAUCGAACCACGGGAAUAACAAUUUUUAUCUUACCUCCUUCUGGUUUAAAUGCAUAAAAAAUUAACCUUAUUUUCAACCACCAUCAAAAAAAUGUGAAUACCUAUCACAGAUCACAAAUGCCCAAUACCUAUUUCGUAGUAACGUAUAUUAUAAAAUAUAGAAAAACAUCAAAAUAUUAUAUUUUAUUACAUUUGAAACAUUCAAAACUCAAAAUAACAAUUUUAUAUAAUGUAUAUUUUAUUGUACAUUAUACCUAUUUUAAUUUAUAACUUGUAAGCAGUAAAAAUUGUAUAGCAGGCGUCUAUCUAUUAUACUAAUAAUGAUUUAUAUGAGAUAUACCUAUUGCGCGUUAUUACAAUACAUAGUAUUUAACUAUUUAUGCGAUUAUUUGAUUAUACACACAAUCAUAUUAUUAUGUCUUAUUAUUUCGAACGAGCUGUAUUUUUUUCGACAAUUAUUGUGUACGUCGUGUAUUUUAUGAUAAUAUAUUAUUACGUGUGUAAGUACAUAUACAUACAUUUAUGGCGAAAUUCUCUAUACUGUAAUCUAUACGGUUUAUUAUCGAUUGUUUGUUAAAAUAUGGUACUAUGUAGAAUCCUAUGGGUUUCUUUUUAUUUUAUAUAUUAACUAUAUGGAUACAUAAAUAAAGGCGAAAUUU